CUCUCUCUCUCUCUAUCACACACAGUCAUUUUCCUUUGCUCCAAAGUCUUCCUUUCUUCUUCACCUAACCUCAGAAAAAGCUCCUCUGUUCAACAAUGGCGUGUACAGACUCCUUCAGCAAAUCCCACAGGCUAGUUCAAGACCUAGCUUCUCCGGUUGUUCCAAAGCCAAGUAAGUCCUACACAAACUUCUUAUGUAAAUCGUUAAUCAUUGUCCUUGUUCUUGUUGUUAUUCCCCUUUUUCCUUCACAAGCUCCUGAAUUUAUCCGCCAAAGUAUAAUCACCAAGUUCUGGGAACUUCUUCACCUUCUGUUCAUUGGCAUUGCUGUGUCUUAUGGCUUGUUUAGUAGAAAAAAAGUCAAAUUGGACGUUGAAACUCACUCUAGAAAUGAUAGUUCACAGAAUUAUUUGUCUGGAAUUCUACAAGUUUCAUCAAUUUUUGAAGAUGGAUUUGAGAAUUUUUGUGGGUCUGAUGAGAAAAAAGGGGUUCAAACUUGGAAUUCUCGGUACUUACAGAGUGCAUCUAUUGGUGCAUUCACUAAAGAAGAAGGUAAAGAUUACAGAUCUUCAGUUUGCAAAAAUGGAUUUGAGAACCCAUAUGGGUCUGAUGAGAAAAAGGUGACUCAGUACUUCCAUGAUGAAUCCAUGGUUGUAAUUGCCAAUGGAAACUAUGGUCUUGACCAAUGGGGCAAACCUUUGUCAGAUAGUGACUAUAAACCCUUGGGUUUACCUAUUAGAAGUCUAAGAUCAAGAAAUGCUGACACUGAUACCUCUGAAUCCAUUAAUAGAAGUGGGUCUAGUUCAAGUUUGAGGGAUUCUUCCAAGAGAGGUGAUAAAAUUGACAAAGUAAAAUUUAGGGGCAUGGCUCCUAUUAAUUUGGGGGAAAAGUUUAGAGAAGUUGCGGUACCUUCCCCCAUCCCUUGGCGAUCAAAGUCGGGGAGGAUGGAAAUGAGAGAAGAAGUAAUUUCUGUUAAACCCCCUUCACAUACUAGGCCUCUCUCUGUUGGCCAAUUUGAUCUUGAGAAUCUCAAAUCGCGGUCAUUCCCGUGCCCAAAACCUUCUGAAUCCAGUUCCAUGUCUGCAUCACUGAAGAAACCCUCACAUUCUAUUUCCCCAGAAUUGCCCAACUCAAGAAAGAAGAAUUUUGAGGAAUCUUCCAUGAGAGCUUCAAAUUCACCAUUAUCACCAAGAAAUGGUGAAGCAUCAUUCCUUUCUUCAAAGAAAAGGGAAUUUAGCAUUGGGUCUUCCUCAGAGAUGAAUGUGCGGAGGAGUUCCAUAGAUGACUUGAAGAGAGAUUUAAGUAAUUGUAAAAGGGAGGAUCCACUGGGGAGAGAAAAGCAGGAUAUGGAUUCAUUGGCCUCGGAAGUGAAAUCCUCAACCCUUGUCAAAGGUUUGUCAAGGGGAAAAUCGGUUAGAACAAUUAGAUCGAGUAAGCAAUUUGUUGAAACAAAGGAAAAGGCAGAGGGUUAUUCAAAUCAAAGAGAUGACAAAUUUGGAAUGAAGUGGGAUCAAAUUGAAGUAACCUCAAUGGAAAAUCCAGGAAGGAGAGAGAGACCUGAAAAUCUUCCAGUUCACUAUAGAAAACAUAAGAUUGAUCAUCUCUGUCAUAUUCCAAACUCCACAUUUUACCUGUAUCAGAAUGGAGAAAAGCAAGACACUGCUGACAGUGUAGUGGAGGCCAAAGAGGACUCAGAGUCGGAGAGUGAGUUGGACAACUUUCAUGUGAGUUCAGAAUCUUCAGAUGAAGAAGAAGCUCAAUAUGACAGUGAGGACGAUGCUGAACUUGAAACCAGUGAGGUUGAUCGGAAAGCUGGCGAGUUUAUAGCCAAGUUUAGAGAGCAAAUUAAGCUUCAGAAAACUGCAUCAAUGGAAAGAUACCCUGAUUGGUAGAUGCUCAACAAGUUAAAUUACAAAUUUCUGAUAUGCAAAAGAAUUCAAUAUAUAGAGAUGAUAUGAAGUUGAUUUGUUAUUCCAUCUUCCUUUUGUUUUCUGUUUGCAUCCCUCACUGUAAAUUUAGCUCAAAUUUUCAUCUAACCUGGGCAUUGGUGUAGAUUUGUAGUGCAUGAGAAUAGGAAAUUUAUUGCAGAAACAGUGUGUUUCUGUUGCUACCUUUCUCAGUUUUGCCCAACAUUCUUGCUUGCUUGUGCACAUACAUACAAUGAAG